AAAUUUGACUUGGUUUUUGUUUUAAAAGGUGCAGAAGAUGAAACAAGCUCAGUAAUGCAAUAUCCAGCACAGUAUAUUAAUCAAGAUCCUUAUUUGCAUCAAGAUGAGGACCAGCAACAAGGAUGGGUGUCUUGGGCUUGGUCUUUUGUUCCUGCUAUUGUGAGUUACGAUGAUGAAGAGAAUGAUUUUGCUGGAACUGAUGAUGGAACGACGCUACAUCAGCAGAAAUCUCAGUCCCUCAAGGAUCCCAUUAUUUCAAUUGGGUUUUACUGUACAAAGGCAACAGUGACUUUUAAGCUCACUGAAAUGCAAGCUGAAAGUAGUUAUUACAGCCCUCAAAAAGUAAAAUCCAAAGAAGUUAUAUGCUGGGAACAGGAAGGAACCACAGUUGAGGUCCUUAUGAAAGGUGAACUUUUCUUUGAUUGUCAAAUAGGUUUUGUUGGUUGCCAAGCUAUGUGCCUUAAAGGAAUUAUGGGAAUUAAAGACUUUGAAGAGAACAUGAAUAGGACUGAUGAAGAGGCCUACUUCUUUAAUUGUGGAGACAAUCUGAGUGCAAAAGGGAUGACAUACCUUACGAAUUCACUAUUUGAUUACAGAAGUCCAGAAAAUAAUAGUAUUCGGGCAGAGUUUAUAUUGGAUGCAGCUCAUCAUAAGGAGACGUACACAGAGAUAGCUGGAAUGCAGAGGUUUGGGGCUUUCUACAUGGAUUACUUGUACACAAUGGAAAGCACGAGUGGCAAAGUUUCUGGAAAUCAGCAAGACCUUUCUUCAGUUAAGAGUGAAGAUUUUGGACAUGUUCAGGAGAUGUCUACAAAAAACCUCAUUGUGGGCCCACUCAAUCUUCGACUGGACAGCAGUGCGGUACACCGGAUAAUGAAAAUGAUAGUGUGCGCUCUGGAACAUGAAUAUGAGCCGUACAGCAGAACUAAGCCAGAUGUUACGGAUGGAAAUAGAACUAUGCCAAGCUCAGAAGAAGUAGCAUCGUUAGAGGAAUACAUUCCCACUCGGCUUACAACGUUCACUGUUCUGAAGUGUACAAUUAUAAUCCCUGUGGCAGAAUUCAAUUUACUAGACCACUUGAUGCCCGUAAUCAUGGGUGAGAAGAACUUAACUGGACUGUUAAAUGCUGCAAGCUUCCAGCCCCUGCGGCCUUUACCUUCUGUUCGAAUUUUGGUGGAUAAGGUCAACCUGGAGCACUCGGUGCCGAUGUAUGCUGAGCAACUGGUGCACAUGGUCAGCAGUAUUGGCCAGCCGUCUGACAACCUGCUUCAUUACUGUUACUCACACUGCUAUCUGAAGAUAUUUGGUUUUCAAGCAGCGCUGACUUCUUUGGACAGUAAAGGAUUGUACUGCUUCCCUGUGCCAGUUAUCCCCUCCUUCAGUACUGCUCUUUAUGGCAAGCUGAUCAAGUUUCCCAAAUACUG